GGUAGUGAAAAAUCAACAGGUCGUAACUGUUCCCCUUCACGGAUUAUUCACAUCCCUUUAGAUCCCUCCAAGCAUGGCGAGACGCAAGGACAAACCACGUUUGAUACCCGAGCAGGACAAGAGAAUCUGUCGCGCCAUUUGCCUCUGUCAGCUGACCAUGGUAUUAUCCUGCGUGUCCAUCGUUUACCUCAGCGUGGCCAUUUAUUCGCCUUCCUUAAAAGCCUUCAAGUCGGGCUUUGAGCUGGAUCCGGUCAUGUGCCAGACCGUGGACCUGCAGAUGCCCAACAAUUGUCCCUGGGCAUCGUGUGGUGAAUGGUGUCUCACACGCACCAGCGGCUUCUGUCCCCAAAUCCACUCGGUGGUGCGACGCAAUGGCACCGAUAUCCAACUCAAUAACUGCACUCGAGUUACGAAUACCUCCUGUGCCAUGAUUGACCUGAGUCGCCUCAACAAGUUCAACUGCAACAAUGGUACCGUGUGCAACAAUAUACGCGGCGUCUUCAACUGUUCCAAUGGUCACUGUAAGAACAUGUCCGAAUUCUUUUUGUGCCAUCACAAGCCGGAUGGACCGACGAUAAACUCGGCCAAGGAUAACACCAAGUUGAAUGGAUUCUUUGAGUGUCACGGCGUGCAUUGCACCAAGAUUAGGAGACCCUUCAGCUGUGAUAGAUAUUGCUCCCGCAUAACUACAGCCAAUGUUAAUACGCUUAUCAUGCAUGAAGACAAUGUGAUUGCCGCAGACUGUGAGAAUGCGGUGGCCUUCAAUGAGGCACGUGGCAAGGAGCAUGGAGUGCGCAUUGAGCCCACCGAAUUCUGGAAGGAAGACGAUGGCAAUCUGUUGACCAACUGUGCAACCGUUACACGUGAAUCCGACAAUCGCAUAACCGCCACGGACUGUGUGAAUGGAACUCUGCUGGAACAUGAAACGUUGCCGGCGCCAUUUAUGAAUUUUACACAAUUCUGGGCCAUUUAUGAAAACAGCACCAGAUCUGUGGAUCCGGAACAAAAGUUUCUGCCCAAUCAGGCCAAUCUGACCAUAUACAGCUGGAAGAAACUGUUUAUCAAUCUGGAGGGUUGCGUGAAUACGCUGCGAGGGGAGUGCAAGGACUUUGUGAUACGCUAUGGCAACGAUGGGGACAACAACACGGCACAGUCACGCUAUCAAUGCUACUACAAUAAGGAUGCAAAUGUGGAAUUUGUGGUUGCACGCUACGAUCUGGAUAAGGUUUAUCGGGAGCUGCUCGUUUCGUUGAUUGUGCCCAUUGUGCUGUUUGUGAUAUCCUCCAUUUCAUUGUGCGUCAUUACCAAAUCCGUGAAGGUGGGUGACGAUGCCAAGAUGCGUUGCGUUUGCGCUGGCGAUGAUUCCGAUGAUGAUGUCUUUGGCAAUCCCAGCUCCAAGCAGCCCGAUAAUAUUUACGAUACCGACGAUGACGCUGUGGAUUUGGACCAUCAAUCGGGAUUGGAUCCAGCGAUUGAACCGGGACAUCCACUAGAUAACCAUGAAAUGGUGGGCAGCACAAAGUCCCUCAUACCGUUGAGUCCGACUGGAGAUUCGGGAACAAGUGAACAGCAUUUUGUGGAUGACGAGGACGAGAAGGCAGUCAAGUGUGAUGUGCCAGAGAAACCACUAGUUAUACUAUAAGUUAACUCUCGGUAGUUACAACUUGUUACACUUUAUAGAAAUCUACAAAUCUUUAUGGACCUGUGCAUUGUACAAUGGGAACUGAAUUUAAUUUCUACUCAGCGCUAUUUACCUACGCAUUUAUACAAUGUUUAUUAUGUAUCUACACAUAUAUGUAGUAUAUAACGAUAUAUUUAAAAUAGGAAGAGCAACGACAUCAAUUUGCAUACUUAUUUCAGCAUUAUUCUUAGCUGGCAUCCGCUUUCUUUUUACCUUUCAAUUCUUCUUACGAAAAUAGUAUGCAUAUAUUGAUAUUUACAUAACGAAACGAUAUUAUAUAUUUAUAUAGUCAACGAAAGUUUCGUCUCAAGAGCUUAAGCAACCACAAGAUCACAUCACACAUAGUAGAAUAACUGGUUCAGUGGAUGUGUUUUUGAUUUAAAAACGAGUUGCAUUUAGAAAAGAAAUUAAAUAUAUAUUUGAGAAAGUAUAUAACUAGAAAAACCAACGAUAAUCUCACCGGAACUCGAUUCAGAAUCUGCUGAGCCAGAUAGACUAUACUUGCCCCUAGAUUCCUAAAGGGAAUAGCACCAAAACUUUGGGCAAUAUGCAUUUAAUUAGUCAAAUAUAUACUAGACAAAUCAAGAACCUAAAAAUUCUUUCCUACACACAAGGACAUACGACUUUGCCUUGUUUAUUCGAUUUAGUAGCUAUGCAAUAUACAAAACAUACUCGAAACCGAAUUAGUUUAGCUGAUCUAGGCAAAUAUAUAUGUUAUCUAGAUAAAUCACGGUGAAAACGGGUCGGAAACACCAUUGCAGGCUUAACAUUCUACACUUUUGAUUAACUAUAAAUCUGUUUAUAGAUAUUCUUAUACUUAUACACACAUCUACAUAUGUAAGAUUCAAUAUAUUAAAUAAAGAAUUUAACAUUCUCUCGAAUGAACACUUACCUUCA